AUCACCCUCACCUCCCCCCUUUAUUUUUCUCUCGCUCCUCUUUGCUCUCCCUCCCGCUCCCCUCCACCAGCUCCCCUCCUUUUUUAUUUGCAUCUCAAGUCCAAAAGGCAGAAAAUACACACGCGGCGAAGACACCGGGCAGCCGUGGAGGCUCGGCCCGUCCUGGGUCGUCAAUUACCUCAUUGUGGAUCUGCCAGGGCCAAGGUGGCCGAAACUGCCCGGGGCUGGCCSGAGAGAGCGCCUUUUGAUCAUCUUAGGGGGGGGCUGAUUUUUUUUUUUUCCAGCCGCUCUCGGGAUCGCUUUUCUUGCCUUUAUUUUAUUGUUUUGGACAUUUUUGAGCGCCGUGGCGUGGACGGUGCUUUUUGUUUCAUUGCUGGGUUUUAAUAUUUUUUCAUUUCCUUCUUCGUCCCUCUCUGGCCACUAUGGAAUUCUAAUCUGAAUCAUGUUUGGAUUGAAGCCGCCUCURUAUUACUUACCAGGCAUGAGCCAUGAGCCCAAGUCCCCUUCGUUAGGGAUGCUUUCCACCGCGACCAGGACCACCGCCACCGUCAACCCCCUCACCCCCUCGCCACUCAAUGGCGCCCUGGUGCCCAGCGGCAGCCCGGCCACCAGCAGCGCGCUGUCGGCCCAGGCCGCGCCGUCCUCCAGCUUUGCCGCUGCGCUGCGCAAGCUCGCCAAACAGGCGGAGGAGCCCAGAGGGUCAUCGCUGAGCAGCGAGUCGUCACCUGUGUCCUCUCCAGCCACCAACCAUAGCUCCCCUGCCAGCACACCCAAGCGUGUGCCCAUGGGUCCCAUCAUCGUCCCCCCUGGGGGCCACAGUGUCCCCAGCACACCUCCGGUGGUGACCAUCGCCCCAACCAAGACUGUCAACGGGGUCUGGAGGAGCGACAGCCGUCCGGACGCCACCUCAAGGAGCAGCAGCAGUGGUCGGGAGCGCCUCAUUGUGGAGCCGCCACUGCCCCAGGAGAAGGCGGGGGGGCCCGCCAUCCCCUCCCACUUGCUCAGCACACCCUACCCCUUUGGCCUCUCCCCAAGCUCUGUUGUGCAGGACUCCCGCUUCCCACCACUCAACCUCCAGCGGCCCGUGCACCACGUGGUGCCGCCCAGCACUGUGACCGAGGACUACCUGAGAAGCUUCCGGCCCUACCACACUGCUGAGGAUCUGCGCAUGUCCUCCCUACCCCCUCUUAGCCUGGACCCAGCCGCUGCCUACUACCACCCCAGCUACCUGGCCCCCCACCCUUUCCCCCACCCGGCCUUCAGGAUGGACGACUCCUAUUGCCUAUCGGCCCUGAGGUCCCCGUUCUACCCCAUCCCCGCCCCCAGUUCCCUGCCCCCGCUGCACCCAUCGGCUGUGCACCUGCACCUCUCUGGGGUCCGCUACCCGCCCGAGCUUGCCCACUCGUCCCUUGCAGCGCUGCACUCUGAGCGAAUGUCCAGCCUGAGUGCAGAGAGGCUACAGAUGGACGAGGAGCUGCGUCGGGAGAGAGAGCGGGAGCGAGAGCGAGAGGCUGACCGGGAGCGGGAGAAGGAGCGCGAGCGUGAACGCGAGAAGGAGCGCGAGCGGGAAAAGGAGCUGGAGCGUGAGCGGGAGAAGGAGCGGGAGCGGGAGCUGGAGCGCCAGCGGGAGCAGCGGGCACGGGAGAAGGAGCUGCUGACUGCCAAGGCGCUGGAGCCGGCCUUCCUGCCUGUGGCUGAGCUGCAYGGGCUCCGGGGCCACACGGCCGAAGAGCGAGUCAAGCCCUCGGAGCAGCUGACCCCCACCCGAGCAGAGAAGCUGAAGGACAUGGGCCUGCAGGCGCCCAAGCCUGUGCAGCACCCCUUGCACCCAGUACCUACCCCACACCACACCGUGCCCAGCCUCAUCUCCAACCACGGCAUCUUCUCUCUGCCGGGGAGCAGUGCUGCCACAGCCCUGCUGAUCCAGCGCACCAACGAGGAGGAGAAGUGGCUGGCACGGCAGCGGCGGCUACGGCAGGAGAAGGAAGACCGGCAGUCACAGGUGUCCGAGUUCCGGCAGCAGGUGCUGGAGCAGCACCUGGACAUGGGCCGGCCCCCGGUGCCCACAGAGGCGGAGCACCGGCCCGACAGCACCAGGCCAGGACCAAACCGUCAUGAGCAGGGCAGCCGUGACCCUCCACAGCACUUUGGUGGGCCUCCUCCUCUCAUCUCCCCAAAGCCCCAGCACCACACCGUGCCCACGGCCCUCUGGAACCCAGUGUCCAUGAUGGACACGGCCUUGGAGACGCGGCGGGCUGAGAGCCACACUCUGCACAGCCACCCAGCUGCAUUUGAGCCCAGCCGCCAGGCUGCUGUGCCGCUGGUGAAGGUGGAGCGUGUCUACUGCCCAGAGAAGGCUGAGGAGCCCCGGAAGCGCGAGACUGCCCCCCUGGACAAGUACCAGCCUCCACCAAGGGAGGCAGGAAGCCUGGAGCCCCAGGCCUUCCCCCCAGGGCCUGGGCCCUUUCUUGCUGAGCUCGAGAAGUCCACGCAGACCAUCCUGGGCCAGCAGCGAGCCUCCCUCCCCCAGGCAGCCUCCUUCGGGGAGCUCAGUGGGCCUUUGAAGCCUGGCUCACCUUACCGGCAUCCAACACCCAGGGGCCCUGACCCUUCGUACAUCUAUGACGAAUUCCUACAGCAGCGCCGGAGGCUGGUCAGCAAGCUGGAUCUGGAGGAGCGCCGGCGGCGGGAGGCGCAGGAAAAAGGGUACUACUACGACCUUGAUGAGUCCUAUGACGAGAGCGACGAGGAGGAGGUCAGAGCCCACCUCCGCUGCGUAGCCGAGCAGCCCCCCCUCAAACUGGACACGUCCUCCGAGAAGCUAGAGUUUUUGCAACUUUUUGGCUUGACCACCCAACAGCAGAAGGAGGAACUGGUGGCCCAGAAGCGGAGGAAGCGGCGACGGAUGCUGAGAGAGAGGAGCCCCUCACCCCCGGCAAUUCAAAGUAAGCGGCAGACGCCUUCGCCGAGACUGGCACUGUCUACCCGCUACAGCCCCGACGAGAUGAACAACAGUCCCAACUUCGAGGAGAAGAGGAAGUUCCUGACCAUCUUCAACCUGACCCACAUCAGUGCCGAGAAGAGGAAAGACAAAGAGAGGCUUGUUGAAAUGCUCCAUGCCGUGAAGCAGAGGGCACUGUCAGCAGCAGUGGCAGACUCGUUGACAAACUCUCCGAGGGACAGUCCUGCCGUCUCCUUGAGCGAACCAGCCACACAGCCAGCUUCUCUGGAGGUGGAUAAGCCUGUUGGGGUCGCUGCCUCCUUGUCCGACAUCCCAAAGGCCGCGGAGACUGGGAGACUAGAACAGCUGCGGCCCCAAGAGCUAUCGAGAGUCCAGGAGCCAGCUCCUACCAGCGGUGAGAAGGCCAGGCUGAGCGAGGCCCCUGGGGGCAAGAAGAACCUGAGCAUGCUUCAUUACAUCCGGGGUGCUGCACCCAAGGACAUUCCUGUGCCAUUGUCCCACAGCAUCAACGGGAAGAGCAAGCCGUGGGAGCCCUUCAUGGCAGAAGAGUUUGCGCAUCAGUUCCAUGAGUCGGUGCUGCAGUCCACCCAGAAGGCCCUGCAGAAGCAUAAAGGGAGUGUGGCUGUGCUGUCUGCAGAGCAGAACCACAAGAUCGACACAUCCAUCCACUACAACAUUCCUGAGCUGCAGUCCUCCAGUCGGGUCCCCCUGCCCCAGCAUAACGGGCAACAGGAGCUCCCACCUGGGAGGAGGGGCCCUUCCACACAGGAGAUGGACCCAGACUCAGAAGAGGAGGACGACGGUGAGGAUGACGGUGAAGAGGAGGAGGAGGAGGAGGAGGCCCCCAGGCGCAAGUGGCAAGGGAUUGAGGCGAUUUUUGAAGCUUACCAGGAACACGUAGAAGAGCAAAACCUGGAGCGUCAGGUGUUACAGUCACAGUGCCGGCGGCUGGAGGCACAGCACUACAGCCUCAGUCUGGCAGCAGAGCAGCUCUCCCACAGCAUGGCGGAGUUGAGGAGCCAGAAGCAGAAGAUUGUCUCAGAGAGGGAGCGGCUCCAGGCAGAACUGGACCACUUACGGAAGUGCCUUGCCUUGCCCGCCAUGCACUGGCCCAGGGGCUGCUUUAAGGGAUACCCGAGGUGACGGUUUCCCUUGCACUAGGCUGAACCUAUAGUAUAGAAAUAUUAUCUAUUUUAUUACCUUGAAUAUUUAAUAUUUUUCACUGGGAGGUUUGAAGCUUAAAAAAUGAGAAUGUGCCAUGCAUGAAGCAAAGGGUUCCAGGCUCCAGACGAAAAUGAACGCACUCACCUUGACUUCAAUGCAGUCGGAUCACCUCUUGUACUCAGCGAGCAACCACUGUAGGACGCCCAUGGUUUUUCUUUCCAAAGGUGGAUUUACUCCUCCUUCCCCAUCAUUCUUUUUUUAAUCUGGAAAUGAAGGCUCCAUUACCAACACUAAAACGAUACUGUUUAUUGCCCCCGGUGCACGGGAUUGGAUCAGACCCGGCUGGUUGUUCCUCGUGGUGCCGUGUUACUGUGCUGCAAGAACCAGGCUUGCUCUUGCUGUGGCCCUGGAGUUGGCCCUGUUCCUACAAGGAGUAGGACUUGCUUCAGCUGAAGAGAAGGCUGGGUGCAACCUCAGUAAAGGGCUUAUUUGUUUUACUUUUCUGCAAAAUUAUCUUCAAAGCAACAGGUCCUAGGAGCACACAGAGCAAUCCAAGGCUUCUGCCUGGAAAUGCUCUCACCUAAAGAUAAACAGACCCACGACUGAAGGUACCUUUCUAUUACUCCAUGGGGGAGAAUGUACAGAGCUCUAUGUAUACAUAGAUUCACACCCACCAAAUUGUUACUGCAGUGGGUGGUGUUUUCAUACAAACGUAAAUUUUGAGAGAAAAGUCAAAGGUGCUUCAGCCUUGUACUGUGUAUAUAUAUUAAAAAAAAGUUUUGUAUGUUUUUAUUACUUUAAUUAUUGUUAUAAAAAGUCUGCCAUUUUUAAUAUGUGGUUUGGGGGAUUUUGUUUGUUUUUCCUGUUUGGGGGUUUUGUUUGUUUUGUUUUUUCUGGGCAAAAAAAAAAAAAAAACUUGCUUUUAGUGUUUGUACUGCUGCUGGUCAGGACAUUAAAAUAUUGAAGUGUUUUUAAAAAUUAAAGAAGAAGAAAAGUAAAAGAGCUUACCACUGGCGCCUAUGCGAUCACUUCAUUUUUGAGUUGCACCAGAAACCAAUGCAGAAAGCCAUGCGUUCCACCUGCCUCCCCCGGCACUGGGCGARGCGACAGCAGGCAGAGCAAACAGAACUCGCUGCUGGCAAGGGAGGAGGGGAGUCGGGAGAGCAAGACAGCCCGGGUGGGUCAGCCACAGGCACACACAGGUCUUCCCAGGAGCACCUUGCAGGAGGUGAACACUCUGCCCUAGCGUUCUGACACACCAGACAGUAGGUGGAAAGUAGAGAUCUCAGAGGCUUUAUCUAGAUGCAAAGCUUUGUGGAAGCCUGAAGUAGGGUCGACAGUGUCUGAGCUGAACUCCUUUUGAACUUACCAGGACAGGAACAGCAGGAAACUGGGCAGAUCCCAACCCCAGGAAGCAAUGGGGUGCCACCCAGUCCUGGCUGCUGUUCCUUCAAGUACCUCUUGCAGGAGAGGGCCCUAACCAGAGCCUACCUGUCCUGGGCGUGGACAGGGCAGGACACCUGGCCUGGUCACUUGGUGCUGCUCUUGUGAGCACUGUUGGGCAGAGCAGCUUGCUAGUGGCUGCUGUCAUGCCUGUUUGUAUGCCUGCCAAGAACCUUCCCGUUAUUAGCACACUCGGACAAUAAGUGCCAGCAGUAUUGCCAGUCGUCAGGCACCUUCCUCCCCGCAAAAUCCACUACAAGACAGUAAGGGAGCCACGUGGUCCACAGGUAUGCAGGGGGAACUACACAGCCAGCAGUCAGGGCAAACUGUCACUGAAUUUCUCUGCUUAAAAUCUGCUUGCCGUGUCUGGGUGCUUCUGCCAGUCAACCUUGGUAAUGGCAUUGACUAAAGUAAAAGGGAAAAGUAGUUCUAAUUAAUGGAAAUGCACAGCCCCACCCUGCACCUGAGAGGUGCUCCCUAGGUUGGACACUGGGGGGCAGUACAUGGCAGGUAGAGCAGAGGAUAGAUACCUGAGCAGAGCUCUGUUGGUGCGAGCCAAGGUGCUGAGCUAGCAAUAUGGAAGCCCGUCCUGGMCCACCUGCUCUCGUGCUCUGCCUCCCUGUUCUCCCACUCGUGGAGACCUCUGAAGAUUCUUGUGCUCGAGAAGUAAUGUGACAAUCACGAUCCAGGUACAAACCAGGCAGUAUGCACAGACAAAGGCAAGGUAAGAAAGCAGCUCACAAAGGACGGCACACCACCCAGGCCGCGGUGGUCCUCCCACCCCGCACUUGGCCCUCUGCUCUGAAAACACCCGUUGUCAGAUGAUUCCCACAUGUCUGUCCUCACCUGGGCUAACAAGAACAUGCAAACUGAAGGGUUUUCUAUUUAGCCCUCUUCAUGUUUUUAAAAAAGUUGAGCAGUACAUCAGAUCUGCUCUAGAACUGAUGAUGUAACAACCUGUGUGUCAGUAUUUAUGUGAAUACCUCAGUCCUCCUCAGUUCCGUGUCUGCCAUAUCACCUGGAAGAGACAGCCGCCAUCUGUCCUGAUGGGGAAUUCACUAAACGCAAGGGACACCCUCUGAUGCUAGGUCAUGUAGUUCCACCUUUAACCAGAUAUUUAAAAUGAGUUGUUUCAUAUAAUCAGAGCCAGACUAACAAAACAGCCCCCAAUCCAUUCCUCUCAGAUAACAUGACCACAAAGACAGGAUUCCACAUCUUCAGUUCUAAUCUUAAUUGGUACUGUCAUCAUCCUAGCUUGUACUCCUAAGGAUACUGAGUAUCAAAAGGAGCCAACACCUUUAGCAGCAAGGAAAUGAAACAAGAAAUGUUAAGUUUGUAACAGAAUUUUCCCCUCAAAGUAGCUCACAAUACUGCCAAAUUUUAAAAAGUAAGCUAAAUUUCAGACCAGACCAGAUCUGCCCCUUCCCUCUGAGCCACGUAAAGUGUAGACAAUUCCCAAGAUCCACCAGGAGAUGGAGAUGUUUAGCAGAUUCUGUUCCUUUCCUACAAUGCAUUAGCCCCCUGACUAGGAUCUCAACUCUGCCUGUUAACCAUGCUUUGACUUCAGGUUACUACUUGCAGUAGCCUGUCCCCAGCUUUUUGAUCCAGCGCUUGAUUGCUAGACUCUGCCUUGACCUGAGGAAGACAUGCUCGCUGGUUGUCACUUGUAUGUGCCCUGUGCUUCACUGCUAGGACAGCAAACCCAGAUUCGGGCAGGAGGGAGGACAACAGUGCCUCGGUCACCCUGGGGGCAGUUUAGAUGCUGUGAAACUAAACCUGUUCUAAGUGUACUUGUUUGAAUUAACUGUAUUGUAAUAUUAUUUGUUGAAUGUAGUAAUUAGGUAUUUAUGAAUAUAUUGCUGUAAUU